AUGGCCGAGACAGAAAGCCAAGAUACAGAGACGACAGUCAAGUUGCUGCUCCUUGGUGACCCGGGAUGUGGGAAGUCCACGUUCUUAUCCCGUCUGAAAAGUGGAAAGAGGCCGACACCACAACCCGGCACCGCGCCGGAUAGCCCAACCACCCUCCUGCGAGACACUGACCAGCCUUUCAUCUAUGAUAUUCGGUUCUCGAAGAGAAAGUUUACUUUGGAGCUUUAUGACACAUCGAAUCCCAAUCAGCACUGGUCAAGCCUACAACCGGACGUGGUUGUGCUAGCCUUCGAUAUUUCCAAUCGAGAGACUUUGGCCGGGCUCAGAGGGUGGCGAAAUGAUAUUAUUCGGUAUUUCCAACAUGGACAAGGCGAGCGUAUACCUGUUAUGCUGCUUGGCCUAAAACGUGAUCUGAGAAAGCAAGGCGAGGGCAUCAUUUAUCCACAAGAGACCUACCGCAUCGCCCAAGAACUCCGGUGUGAUAGGUAUGCCGAGUGUUCGGCCGUGACGGGCGAACUUCUAAUAGAGACAUUUGAAGAUUUGGCGAGGCUUGCGGGGAUGACCACUACAGAGAAAGGUGGACAGACCGCUGGUGCCUGUACAAUCCUUUGA